AUGGCCUCCACAUCAUCUUAUCAGCCUCUCGUCCAGGGAGGUCAUGCCCUUCGAUUUGAUAUGCGGCCCUCGAUGUUCAUCUCCUUGACAGUGCCUGUCGUGCACGAGAACACAAUCAUCAUCGCAGCUACACAUCCUACCCUGACCACAGGCAGUCCACAAGACGAUGGCUGGUUCAUAUCGGACUUUUACGCCUUCAACCAUCUAUUCAAAGGAAGAUAA